AUGAUCAGAUACUUCGUCGCACUCUUCCUCUUUGCUUUCCUUACCUCGGCAACAAUUGAUCCAAAAUAUUUUGCGCUCCAUGUCAUUGAUCCGGGAAAUGACGAUAUCUUCGUCGUGAGAAACUAUUCUCGUUAUCCUAUAUUGGUGUCGCAUCUGGACUACGAAGAUCUCGACGGGCCAGUACUGGGUCCCCAAGUUUUCUAUUUCGAUGACGACGAAAAAUUAAGAAGCUCCAAGAACGAUGAUUUCGUGUCGGUUCAGACAUGGAACUCAUGGGGGGAGAACAAGCAGACUCUUCUCUUUAAUGACACGGUUUCGUUCGACGGUUUUCACAAGCAGGAUGGUUACUUAGCCCACAACGGUAAUACGACCUUCUUCUCAUGCAAUGCAUAUCCGACCGACAAAUAUGUUGAGUUUUUGACCAUUGACGACAGUUGCUUCUUAGCCCAUCCAGUGCAGUUACGACUCGUAUAUCCGGUAUAA